CUAAAAAAAAAGAAAAACCUAGUUUAAUUUGGUGUUCAAUUUAACCGUCACGACUCGAAGAUUCCAAGAACUCAGCUGCUAAUUUUCUCGUCUCUCUCACACCUUCUCCUCCACUCAGUUGAUUCACCUCCAAACUUUAUUAGGGUUUUACUCCAAUCGUUAUUGCCUCUGCUUUCGCUACAUUUACACGGCCUAACGAUGGUCCGGUGCCAUGGCCUCCGCCUCGCCCGCCGCUCUCUUACAUCCCUUCUGCGCCACAAUACUUAUUCAAUUGGAGGAUGCAGGGGCGUCGGCGCUGCACCCUGCAGUCAAUCCAGGGGCCUUUUCUAUUUAAAUAAUGGAUAUGGCAAUGGCAGGUAUGUGUUAAAGCCAGGCUUUUGGAGUGAUAAUAUAGGCGCCACACGGUCAAUCCAUGGAACUGCACAUUUGUCAAGAGAUUUCUAUGAUGUCCUUGGUGUUAAUAAAAGUGCAUCAGCAUCCGAAAUCAAAAAAGCUUAUUAUGGGCUUGCAAAGAAGUUGCAUCCUGACACUAAUAAAAAUGACCCGGAAGCUGAAAAGAAAUUUCAAGAAGUCCAGAAAGCAUACGAGGUUUUAAAGGAUGAUGAAAAGCGCCAACAGUAUGAUCAGGUAGGGCAUGAAGCAUUUGAACGUGCUGGUACAGGUGAAGGUGGGUUUGAUCCAUUUGGAGGUGGUGGGGGCUUUAAUCCUUUCCAGGACAUAUUCAGAAAUGCUGAUAUUUUCAACAUAUUCAAUAGGGACAUGGGUGGAGAAGAUGUUAAGGUCGCUGUUGAACUAUCCUUUAUGGAAGCUGUCCAAGGAUGCACCAAGACACUGUCAAUCAUGACUGAUUUAACUUGUGAAACUUGUGGCGGAGCUGGUGUUCCUCCUGGAACAAGACCUGAAACUUGUAAACGCUGUAGAGGUUCUGGCAUGAUCAUCUCACAAAAUGGUCCUUUCACACUCCAAGCUACCUGUCCAAAUUGUGGGGGAGCUGGAAAAAUUGUUUCGGACUUCUGCAAGUCCUGCAGGGGUAAGCGAGUAGUAAAAGGGCCAAAGACAGUGAAGGUGAAUAUCAUGGCAGGAGUGGACAAUAAUGAAACCAUUAAAGUCCCCAGAAGUGGUGGAUCGGAUCCUGAUGGAAAUCAACCGGGUGAUCUUUUUAUUGUACUUAAGGUCAAAGAAGACCCGGUGUUCCGAAGAGAAGGGGCUGAUAUCCAUGUUGAUACGGUUUUGAGCAUCACUCAGGCAAUUUUGGGAGGAACGAUCCAGGUUCCUACACUGUCCGGGGAUGUUGUUGUUAAGGUUCGCCCCGGCACUCAACCUGGGCAGAAGGUGGUGCUGAGGAAAAAGGGAAUUAAAGUCCGAAAUUCUUUUUCGUUUGGUGAUCAAUAUGUGCACUUCAACGUUAGCAUUCCAACAAACCUGACACAGAGGCAGCGCCAAUUGAUUGAAGAGUUCGCUAAAGAAGAACAAAGAGAAGACGAUAAAGGUGCGGCUGCAGGAGCAUCGGGCUGAAUCACAUAUCGCUCUGUCAGUGAAAUCUAGAUAGGCAGGAGGAGAGAGUGAUUGAACUUUAUUUCUUGGCGGAAGAUACUUUUUGGCCUAGCAAUUUUGGGUGUAUCUGUAGUGACCAUAUUUAUUAUAGUCCCAUAAAUGGUAGAUUUGGAUUUCUUA